GCCAGCUUCGACCCCAGUCCCGGGGCGAGCCGGCCUGGACGCUGCGCCGCCGCGGGCCGCGAUGCGCAGAGGAUCCGCGCCGCCCCGGGCCCCCCGCGCCACACCAUGAAGCUCCGCAGCAAGGCGGCCGCUCUGCUCCUGCUCGCGCUGGCCGUGCUGCUGCUGGCGCUGCUGUCCUUGCGCUCCCGCCGCGACCCGGAGCCCCCCGGGUUCCCCGAGCGCCCCGAGGCUGCCCCUCAGCGCCGCCCCGCGCCGGUCCCCACGCGCCCUCCGGAGCCCCGCGCCUUCCCCGGGGCGGCUGGCCGGCGCUCCCCCAGGCGCCGGGCCCCUCGUCCGCGCCCCCGAGCCGGCCGCCAGCGCGCCGCCAGCCGCGAGAAGUUGGCGAGGAGGCCUGGGGAAGCUAGGAGUUUGCACUCCCUACCACCCGAGCUCUGGAUUCACCUGGCCGUGGUGGCCUGUGGAAACCGGCUGGAGGAGACGCUGGUCAUGCUGAAGUCAGCCGUGCUCUUCAGCCACAGGAAGAUGCGCUUUCACAUCUUCACGGAAGAGGCUCUGAAGCCGGAGUUUGACAAACAGUUGCACCAGUGGCCUGACUCAUAUAAAAAGAAGUUUGAGCACAGACUCUACCCCAUCACAUUUUCUGUCGGAAACCCUCAGGAAUGGAAGAAGCUAUUCAAACCCUGUGCUGCCCAGCGACUCUUUCUUCCGGUGAUCUUAAAGGAUGUGGACUCACUUCUCUAUGUGGACACUGAUGUCCUCUUCCUGAGGCCCGUGGAUGACAUCUGGAAGCUUCUGAGGCAGUUUAACUCCACCCAGCUUGCGGCCAUGGCCCCGGAGCAUGAAAUCCCCAAGAUUGGCUGGUACAGCCGCUUUGCCCGGCAUCCUUUCUACGGUUCGGCAGGGGUGAAUUCAGGGGUUAUGCUUAUGAACUUGACUCGAAUAAGAAGUACCCAGUUCAAGAACAGCCUGAUUCCAACGGGCCUGGCUUGGGAAGACAUGCUGCUCCCACUGUACCAGAAGUAUAAGAAUGCCAUCACGUGGGGAGACCAGGAUUUAUUAAAUAUUAUUUUUUAUUUCAACCCAGAGUGUCUCUACGUGUUCCCCUGCCAGUGGAACUACCGCCCUGAUCACUGCAUGUAUGGAAGCAACUGCAAAGAGGCCGAGCGGGAAGGCGUGUCUGUCCUGCAUGGCAACCGUGGCGUCUACCACGAUGAUAAACAGCCCACUUUCCGAGCGCUUUAUGAAGCCGUCCGGGAUUUUCCCUUUCAGGACAAUCUCUUUCAAUCCAUGUACUACCCUCUACAGCUGAAGUUUCUGGAGACAGUGCACACCCUGUGUGGACGGAUCCCCCAGGUUUUUCUCAAACAGAUCGAGAAAACGAUGAGAAGGGCUUACGAGAAGCACGUCAUCAUCCACAUGGGCCCCAACUCCAUGAGCUGAGUGUCCUCUUGCCCUAAGUCAGCCUGGGGUCUGCUAGCAAGGGCACGGAUCCUUAUGCUGUCUGGACAUUUGUGUGUGUGUGAAUAUUUAAUGGUGCUCUGUGACUGUCGAGGUUAUAUGUUGCUGAGUUAGUUAUUCCUGAAAGAGAAUGAGCUUUCCUUUAUUUUCUUCUGAAAUCCUAUUUAUCUUUAAAAAAGAGUUUUUAUCAUGAACUUAAUAUUGUUCCAGUGGGGUGAGAGAGGAAAGGAAACUUUUUCUAGCCUUCAAAUAUGAGACCCUGUUGCUGUAUGCAGGUAUCAUAAUUAUCUGGUGUUCUUGAGACUCUCCCUAUUCAACUUGCUCUCUCACACCCUGUUAAAAACUAAUACCCGUUGGGGCUGGCAAGAUGGCUCAACUGAUAAAAACAUCUGCCACCAAGCCUGAUGGGCUGCGUGCAGUUCCCUAGGUGGAAGAUGAGAAUUAAUUCUACCAAGUUAACCCCUGACCUCCCUGUGUGCCCACACUCACAUCCAUGAAUAAAGAAAUAUUAAAAACUAAUAAUAAUAGAGGCUGAUGAGACGGCUCAGUAGUUGAGAGCACUGACCUGGGCUUCAUCUCCAGCACCUACGUAAUGUAAUGGUUCACAACCAUCUGUAACUCCAGGUCCAGGGAUCCAGUGCUCUCUUCUGUCCAUCACAGUCACUAGGCACAUAAGUAGUGUGUACAGAUAUACAUGCAGGCAAAAUACCUUACACAGAAAAUAAAAUUAUAAACUUUUUAGAAAUUAAAAAAUAAUAAUAUAUGUUAUGAGACAGGCAAACUCGGAGAGAGUAUAGGUCAGUGAACCACAAUCAAGGUUAGAUUGGACAUAAUCCUACCAACCACUUGAAAAGGUUGUGCCCAUUUUAAUGCAUUUCCUUCCAGACUCCUUAAAACCCCCACUGACUUCUGCAUUUCCCACUGUAACGCGUUUCAAAUGUGCAACCUCAGUAAAGACCAGCCUCUAUGCUGAGCUUUCAUAGAGGAGACUAAAAAGUCAGACGAGAUAAUUACAGGCACUGCCGUGUCGGAGAGAGGCUUUCAGACCAGCUAAUUGGGCUGCGUUUCAAGAUGAAGCAUGUGUCUGAGAGUGCAUCUCAGAAAGAUUGCUGAGCUCCAUGGAGGGCUCAAUCAUGAGAAAUCUCUAUGCAACAAAAACUUCUGAAAGAAAGCCCAAGGGAUCUCUUUAGCAAAGAAGUAUGAGUUUCUCCACAGACAAAAGCACUUGACUAGACUACUGGGCAGCGGGCAGAAAUCAAAGGACAAUUCAGAUGUUUGUUUGGUUUUCGUUGUUUUAAUUGUAUUUUUAACUAUGUUUGUGUGUCUGUGUCUGUCUGCGUCUGUGUUUGUGUAUGGGCAUGUGAGUGCAGGUGCUGAUGGAGACCAGAAGAUGAAGGAGUUAAUCCUCUUGGGCUUGAGUUACAAGUGAGGCCCCUGACUUAGGCGCUGGCCACUGAGCUUGGAUUCCCUGCAAGAGCAGCAAGUGCUCUUAACGACUGAGCCCUUUUGUUUUGUUUUACAUUUUUAAGACAGGGUUUUACAACCUGCCUGCCUCCACUUCCAAGUCAGCCCUGGAUUUGCAGGUGUGUGCCACCACACCCAGCUCCAGUUUCAGAUUUAAUUUGCUCAAAGUAAAUAUUUUUGAUAAUUUCAUUGGCAAGAAAAAUGCAAUUCCUAGCAGCCUCAGAUCUCUGUUUUUCUUUUCUUUUUCACUGUGCUUAGCCAGCUCUUAGCUUAGAGGCUUUACAAUCCUAGCACCUCGCUAUAGGAGAGGAAGCUCUUAUCCUGCCCCCGAGAGGGAUCAGACUUAAUCCCUAGUUGCUCUCAAGGUUGGCUGUCAGCGAAGGGACAUUUUGCAUAAUGCUUUAUUUAUCUCAAAUGACUUUUGCAUAGGUGACAUUUUUGAUGUUUCCUGCAGCCUAGAGAAGUAGGAGGGGAAAUGUCUCAUCCUGAAGAGGUGGUAGGAAGCCUCAGCACUACAGCGGAGCACUGGGGUGGCAGUUGGUGUGUGACAGUCACAGUUGUAAAGCUGAAAUGGUUAAGGCCAUUCUCUCUUUGUGCCUGCCACCUGCUGUAGUUAGGGGAAUCACCCUGUGAUGCGUUACUCUCGUUCUUUUUACUACCAUUUCGUGUUCUCACUAGCAGACAGGACAUCUUAUUUUGGGUCUUUCCGGCUGUGGGCACAGGGGAAGUGGGGUAAAUAACAACAAACUGGGUUUUUAGUGAUGGAGCCAGAAUGUACAGGGUUUCUCUCUGUAACAAACUCUGACUAUCCUGGACCAGUAGUAGACCAGGCUGGCCUCCAACUCACAGAGAUCCACCUGCCUCUGCCUCCCCAGGGCUGGGAUUAAAGGUGUGUGCCACCACCCAGCAAUUAUUUUCUAUACUAAGGUAUUAGGAUGGGCAGGGUUUUCCCCGCCCUUGGUAUUUCCUGGCAAACACCUUUGAAAUCUGAGAGCCACACACAUUUAUUCAAUGAACUUCUAAAACACGUGAUCUGUGGUAGGAAGCUACCGGCUGCCUUUCAGCUCCUUAGGCGGCCCUGAAUCUAUGCCGGGAAGGGUGAAUGCUGGUUCUCUCAUCUCCUCCUGUUCUGCCCUUUUUUUUCUUCUCCUCCUCCUCUCUCGCCUCUUGUCUUAUCGUGUUUCUAUUGCUGUGAAGAGACGCCCUGACCGAGGCAACUCUCUUAAAAGAAAGCAUUUAAUUGAGGGCACACUCCAACGAGGACAGGCCUCCACCAGCUAGGGGCUAAGCAUGCAAAUAUAUGAGCCUAUGGGGGAUGUUCUGAUUCAGACCACCACCCCGCCCCUCUCCUGCCUCCUCUUUCUUCUCAUUAAAAAAAAUAAUAACAAUAACCUGCUUCACAGAUGUAGCUGUGGAGUUCUGUGUAGAGUGUCAGAGCACUCUUAUAGCGGUGACCAUGCUUUUGCCUGCGUCAGAAGCGAGGCUGCACUGGCAGGGUUUGUAGAAAGCCUUGACAUUACCUCUUGCUGUUUAUUUCCAAUGUAAAUCUGAGAAAUUGUGACUUCCAUGAAAAUUCUAAUACUUGAAGGUGUCCCGUCUACAGAAUCAACUUGAGUGUCUCCUUGACUUUGACAUUUUAGCACUGGGGUACACGCUCUGAACUUCAGUCUUUUGUGACGUUUGGAGUUCGUGCUCAGUGCUGUGCCUCGCGUGAGCCCCCUGCACUUUUCACUGUCUGCUUCUGAAAUGAGCAUUUGCACACUUCUGGAGUCAGUAUCUCAGAUUGAAUUGGUAGUGUCCAUAAGCAAAAGUUAAAAAAAAAAAAAAGCAUAAUCAAAUUACAAUUCACAGCCACAGCUCUGGGCAUGGUGGCUCUUAUCUGCAAUCCCAGAAUUUAGGAAGACAGCUGCGAGUUAGGGCCAGCCUGGACUACAUGGUGAGUACCAGCUGAUCCAGGCCUUAAAAAAAAAAAAAAAAGGUGGAGGGGAGACUGGGGAGAUGGAUCAGCUGUUAUGAGCACUGACUGCUGCUCUUUUCAAGGGAUCAGGGUUUAAUUCCUAACACCUGCAUGGUGGUUUACAACCAUCUGUCACUCCAGUUCCAGAGGGAUCUAAUGCCCUUCUGUGGCUUCUUAGGAUAAAAGGCCUGCACGUGAAGCACAGACACACAUGCAAACAAAAUGCCCAGUACCUAUAAUUUUAAAAAUGUAAAAACAUUCAAGCAUGACACAUGCCUUUAAUCCCAGCACUUGGGAGACAGAGGCAAGUGGAUCUCUAACUUGGAGGCCAGCCGGGGUUACAGAGUGAGUUCCAGGCCAGGGAGGGCUACAUAGUGAGACCCUUUCUCAAAAACAAAACCAAACGCACAUACACACACACACACACACACACCUGUCUGAGAAAAAACGAAAAGUUACCGUGAUUGAUCAUAAAGUAGUGACUCUGAAUGUCAGACAGGACACCAGCCACAUAACUGUAAAAUUAUAGGAAAUACAUUUGACAUUUACUCAAAGAAUAAAUGCUGUAUGCUCAGUGAACUCAAAUGGACAUCAUUUCUUGAUCACAUUCAGAAACUCACUGAGUGUAAUAGUGUCAUUUAAAAGAGUGGCAGGUAACUCUUCUGCUUUUGUUUCCUGCUGCAUUUUUAUAUUUUUUUGUUUUUGCCUUCUCCAUUCCGCCUGUGAUAGAAACUUGUGGGUAGCACAGGAACCUGGGCUUUAGUGACCCAAGUGACAGAACUUGGGGACACCCCCCCCCCCCGUGUAGCUAGAAGAGAGCUCUAACUAGACCUUAGAGCCAAUCUUUCAUGAUGGGACUGUUUCAGACAUUUUAAAAGGCUAACACCUGCACACACUCAUCCACACAUAUCGUAUACCCUUCAAAAGAGACGCCAACUUUUACUGUACCUGUGAGUUGAAGAAUUACGCACAGUUAACCCUUAGGUCAUUCAUUACACAAUAACCCUUGCUGGCAUUUACCUCUGACAAGAUUUCUCCAGCAAAAGAGAAAGUGCUUUGUUCUAGUUUUUGUUUUACACAGGUCAAAACUGGAAAUAUCCUCUUGAAUCUCCAAUAUAGAACUUUUGUGUGUGUCACCAUGUAUGUGGGCACAUGAGAACCAGGCGCAGUGCUUGCUUCACUGGGCUGACGUUUCCAUUGUCAUUGAAAAAGCAUGUCCAUUGUUCGGAGCUCCUAAAGAGUCCUUGCAUGUGGGGUGGGACAUCGUCGUUGUUAUCAGAAAACAUUGAUGUUUUUGUUGCUGUAAUUUUGUUUGCAAAGAAAUGCAUUAAAAAGAAUAAUCCAAAGAAAAGGAACUAUUACAGAGCGUAAACUGGGAGGCAAGUACCAAGAUGAAAUGAUUGUCUCAUCUUUUUAAAUGUCACCUCCUGUUUUACCUUUUUUUUAAACUUAAAAGCUUUAAAUAUGUAUUUGUAUUACUUUUGAAUUAUGUAUGUGUGUAUGUAUGUUUCUCUUUAUAAAAUUUUAAGCCUAAAAGUGUAUCUUAAGUAUGUAAACUAGUAAAGAGUAUUUAAUAC